UUUUUUUGUUUUAACAUCAUAGAUCUAUUGGGUUUAUUGUUUAAAAUUUGCAACAAUAUAAAGUCGAUGGUACUAUUUAAAAUGAAACGUAUAUAAUUUGGAUUGUGGCAACCGGAGAGUUUGGAAGGUCAUACAUCUGUGGUCGGGAGUUCCGUGGACUACGCAGCCGCGGUGCUACUGGCUGCGAUGGCGGCUGUGUUAUUAGCAGCUGUCGGGUACCAGUGCGCCGCUACUUGGAGAUGGAUAAUGGGCAGAUGUUUGUUUCCCAGGACUCGACGUGCCUCCCAGGAGAGCAACUGCGACUCCCUAUCCCGCCAGGCAGCCAUCCGCAUUAGCCACUCUCUACCCGAUCUGCAGACCGAGCCCCUGAAGCAGGAAUAUGUACAAGAGCACAAGGACCCAGCAAAGAAAGUCCUCCGUCAGACAACCCUGCCGAUAGUUCCAACUCGCCACCAGACCUUUCAACGUCAGCUAUCACACCGUCUGGAACUACCCUCGAUUCAGUUUAGCAUCUGCAGUCUAGAACGUGCUGACUCGUCCAUUGGGCUUAUCAAGCCGGAGCUUUAUAAGAACGAGUUGGUUCGCCAGUCGUCCACUGAUAGUGCCGAAUUGGAAUUCUGCGGGAAGCUACACUUCGCUUUAAGAUACGACCAGGAGGUUGAGGCCCUGAUUGUAAAGAUCUUCGAAGCUCGUGACCUACCGAUUAAAGACAUGAGCGGUAGCAGUGAUCCAUACAUCAAGGUAUUCCUCCUUCCCGACCGCAAGAAGAAGUUUCAGACGAAGGUCCACCGCAAGAACUUGAAUCCGGUUUUCAAUGAGACCUUUCUCUUCAGUGUACCGUACGAGGAGCUGCGCCAACGUUAUCUGCAGUUUUCCGUGUACGAUUUCGACCGGUUCAGCCGUCAUGAUCUGAUCGGGCAUGUUGUGCUGAAGGGACUACUGGAAUCCGCUGACUUGGAUCAGGAGAUCGAAUACACAAUGAACAUAUUGGCUGCACCUCAGGAGAAGAAGGAUCUUGGUGAACUAAUGCUGUCCUUGUGCUACUUGCCCACUGCUGGUCGUCUAACUGUCACCGUCAUCAAAGGCAGGAAUCUGAAGGCGAUGGAUAUUAAUGGAUCUUCCGAUCCAUACGUGAAGAUCUGCCUGAUUUGUCAGAACAAGCGCAUUAAAAAGAAGAAGACCACAGUUAAGAAGAAUACCCUGUGCCCGGUGUAUAAUGAAGCUCUCGUCUUUGAUCUACCGUCUGAGAACGUCUUCGACGUGACUCUGCUCGUAAAAGUUAUCGACUAUGAUAGACUCAGCCCCAACGAAUUGAUCGGAUGCACGGCCAUCGGGUCGUCUUUGAUUGGAAUCGGCCGCGACCAUUGGCUGGAGAUGCUCGACAACCCCCGCAAGCCGGUCGCCCAGUGGUAUCCUCUAAACAAAAGUCUACCAACUAACGUCUCCCAACCAAACAAAAAUGAUCAGAAUGCAGGUCUGAGCUGUUUAAAUGGAAGAUGAAGAGAUCAAGCGAUGGUGGUUGAUAGACAAGUCGUCACUUGGCAGACAAAUACGCGGGCUUAAUUGGUUAAAAUGGCAAAAUCUCACGAUGCCAAAAUCUUUAUAUAUAGUAAACAUUGAUUACAUGAAAUGACUGUUUGUCCAUUUACCGUAGAUGAAAACAUUAGAAGCGACGUUAAGUUGUUCCAAAGUAGUCUAGGAAUGUGUUAAAGUAGAAAAAGAUAAUUAAUAUUUGUUUUAAUUGUAGCGUAAUAAUAUGUGUAACUGUUUUAUUGCCGUUUUAGGAUUGUAACUUCUUUUCGAAUAUCUUCAGUCCUGAUUGUUAGGAAUAUUGAAUUAUGUAUAAUUGUAUUCUCUGAAUAAUUUUCCCUGAUAUUCGGAUGUAUUUUAUAAAUAUGGUACUAAUUCUGGCUGCGUGCAUCACUAGAUUGUUGUGACGUAUGUUAAUUAAAAGAAAAUCAUACAUUUCUACAACAAGCCCCCAACUCAUAUGAGAUGUUCUCGUGGAAAUUUCUAGGUCGCAUUUUCCUGAACAAAACUUACCUAGUAAUGCAUUCCAGUAGCUAAUGUGGUCCAAUUCGACUAAUUCGUAAUCCUGUGCUAUGAAUGUCUUCUUUAAUUCGAAUAAAGACGAAAGGUAUUUUUAAUGGCGGCAGUACCUCUUCUGAGCUUGUACAGGUAAGUACUCUGUCUAUUUCUGCCGCGAAGCAGUAAUGCGUUGUGGUUAGGAAGGUAAUUAUGUUUAUAGGGUCUGCUAAUCUCAAAAUCGGGAAAUCAAGUAGGUCAUGAGUUCAUCAUCAAUGUAAUAAAAGUAUACAUAUUUAUUGUGGUCUCUUUUCAAAUAUAUUCGUUUCAUUCAAUAAAAAUAGAUUUAUGUAUUCUUCUGUAAUAUGAACAUUUUGAUUGUAGCUUUUGGGAUUGGAUCCAUUUCACCUGAAAGUUAUUGUACAAAAGCACCUUUAACCCGUGACUUUAUACUAUUUCGUGUAUAUAAAAUUUUAAAAUACUAACAUUGUAAGCAUGUAUUUAAAAAAAAAAAGAAUCUCAUAUAAGAUUGUUACAAUUUCAAUAUGAUUGAGAAACUAUGUUGGUUUAUUAAUUUUUUAUUUUAAGUAAUGUUGAAAACAUUUGAUCAGAGGACAAUAAAGUAGAAAGAUUAGAAAAGAUAUUUUAAAUGAGAUGAAAAUUAUGACACAACUUAGAAGACCGUUUUUGUUACACAAAUCUUUGUAAAGUGUAAAUGGAGCUUUAAAUCGUGUUUAAAAUAUAGAAAAGACUUUGAGAUAAAUAAAUAUAAUACCGAAGGUUUCUGAACUUAAAUUGGGGAAAAAAAGAAAAUGAGUUAUUAGUUUGAGUUAAAUUUCAAUUUGAAAAAGAUAAAUCUAUUGUCAAUUGUAUAUUAAUACUGAUGCAUAAAAAAUAUCAUUAUUAAAACAUAUCGCAUCUAUAGUAUAUGAAAUUACUAUAUUCAUAUGUUAAUGGCAGGUUGUCAAAAAGAAAACCCCAAAACUGUUACUACUGUUAGAUUCGUGGUUAGAUUCUUUCCUUAAUGAUAUUGGAUUUUUUUUUAAAUUAGUGUUGUGUAAAAUUAUAUUAAUUUAAGUAUAUAAAUUGGGAAUUUAAACGUAACUUUACUUAAAAUGACAAUCGGUGAGAUUGCUGCCAUUGUCAUUGCCAAAAAAACCUAAUUGUUUUCCUUAUUUUUUGAAGAUCCUUUUUUUAAAUAAUAUUUAUUGUCCACUAAAAAGUUGGUUAUAAUGAUUGAAUUUUAUUAAGAUUAACAUUGAUUUCUCAAAAAAUACUAAUAUUAAUCACAUCGCACUAUAUGUUUUGAUAAAUAAAUUCUUUAUAAUUACUGGUAAAAAUGUUAUUGCUCGAUAUUAAGAUAUA